GUUACAGGAAAGGGGAAUCCCCUCAUCUAGUUCUCACAGCGAUGGCAGCACCACCUCUCAGCCCCACCUCCUUACCCACAGGUGGCCCCAAAUCCCUUCUGAAAGGGUGCAGUUCAAGUAUCAGCAUAGCAACCUCUAAGACUUGGGGUGGGGUGGAAAGGAUAUGGAAGGCUUAGAUCAAAUGUCUUGAGUGAGGCAGGACCAGAUUGUCCCCAACACAAAACAGCUGGGAAGUAACUACCAGAGACUCUUAUUUUGGGUUAGACCAGCCCCAGGCAUGAACGAAGACCGUCCACAGCCCUUGGAUUAGUCAUGGCAUUGAAGAGGAGAAGAAGACGUAGAGCAUGGGGACUGUGCCUGGCAGGGAGUCUGGAGUUUCUGGUCUCGAGGUUCAGGAAGGCAUGAGCCAGGGGAGGGGCCUCCAUGCAGGGGGAGGGCGGAACGCUGGGGCAGGGCCCGAGUCAGCUAUGCAAGACUGUGCAACCACAGGCAACACAGAACAGAAAGAGGAUCCCAACAGUCUCCUGAAAUUCAGGAGAGUGGACAUUCCAGCUUUGACCACCUAAGACACCACUCCUCUAAAGAUUACGACUCCAUUUGUCAUUCUGAGGCCUCUGCUUGUCCUGUACCCCAAGGAUGGAGCCACUUCUAGGAGUAAAAAUUGGUUGCCUGUUUGCCCUGCUGGCUCUCACUCUGGUCUGUGGCCUUAUUCCCAUCUGCUUCAAAUGGUUCCAGAUUGAUGCAGCCACAGGUCGUCACCACCGGGUCCUCAGCCUCCUGGGCUGCACUUCUGCUGGUGUUUUCCUGGGAGCAGGGUUCAUGCACAUGACCGCUGAAGCCCUGGAGGGAAUUGAAUCAGAGAUCCGGCAGUUUGUGAUGCAGAACAGGACAGAAAGUAAGAGAAAUUCUUCUGAUGAUGCUGAUUCAGCUCAGAUGGAGUAUCCCUAUGGAGAGCUCGUCAUCUCCCUGGGCUUCUUCCUUGUCUUCCUCUUGGAGUCACUGGCAUUGCAGUGCUGUCCUGGGGCUGCUGAAGGAUCAACGGUGCAUGAGGAGGAAUGGGGUGGGGCUCAUGUCCUUGGACUCCACAGCCAUGGGCCUCUGCCCUCACCCUCACGGGGUCCCCUUCGAGCCCUCAUCCUCUUGCUCUCACUCUCCUUCCACUCAGUGUUUGAAGGUCUGGCUGUGGGGCUGCAGCCCACCGUAGCCGCUACCGUGGAGCUCUGUCUUGCUGUCCUGGCUCACAAGGGGCUCAUAGCGUUUGGCGUAGGACUACGGCUGGUGCGGACAGGCACUGGAUCACGAUGGGCCGUGUUCUCCAUACUGUCAUUAGCUCUCAUGUCCCCUCUGGGCCUUGCCGUAGGGCUGGCUGUGGCCCAAGGAGACUCUGAAGGGGGGCGAGGCUUAGCACAGGCUGUAUUAGAGGGUGUAGCAGCUGGCACCUUCCUGUAUGUCACCUUCCUAGAAAUUCUGCCCCGAGAUCUAGCUGGUCCUGAGGCCCCUCUAGCCAAGUGGGGCUGUGUAGCUGCUGGUUUCGCCUUUAUGGCCUUUAUUGCCCUGUGGGCCUGAAAAAUCCCUGAUUUUUCUGAUGGACCUAUCUAGGAUGACCUCCUUCCUACCCACAGGAGACACCUCCCAAAUGUCUUUGGCAUUCAAACAUUUCUUCACUGAGACAUUCACUAGGCAUCAUCCCCGUGAACUGGGCCCCAGCGUUUCCCCACAUGAGAUCCCAUUUCUCAUCCAGGACUGACAAAAGGAUGUUUAGGUUGACUGCCUAUAAAUUGAAGAAUUGCAUAAACACCAUCUCCAGAUUUGACUCUUGUCCCAUUUAUGCUACUGUGUGUAAUAAAUGUCCGCUUCACCCUUCCCCUUCAGCUGUGCUAUACUUUGUUUCUCCAGGUUGCUUAGGAGCUUCCUGGUACAGGACAUGGAGGAGUGGGGAGUGGGAAGGGUGAUUUUCUUCUGGAUUCAGGGCCACUAGCCAUUCUGUCAGUUAAGGGCCAUGCCCCCGAGGCAUGGGAGCAUUGCUGAAAGUUCAACAACCUGCUACCACCUUACCCAGAGGUGUUGAGAAACUGAGCCCGAGUUCCAGCAUUUAGAGAGAAGACAUUUAGAACAGAAACCAUGCAGAUCUAGAUUUUUCCUAGACUAACCACACCCACCCCACUCCCAGUACCUAUUAUCAGCCACCCACAACAUGUCCAACAGACUCUUGAGAUCAGGCUAACUGACCUAGAUCUAUCUGGUUCCUAUUUUUCACACUGAGCUCUGUGUGGCCCCAGGGACAUUAUUGCUCUUCUUUGAGCCUCUGUCUCCUUCCAACUGCCUUGUGCUGAGGGAUUAAGGAGCAGUAUCUUUAGAGAGGGAGAAAGGCGCCGGAUAGAUGCUUAUGGUGAUUACUUGGCCCUACCAGGACUUAGUGGCUUUCUUUUCUGCCUGCUCUACCUGCCAAUGUGCCUCUGGCCCCUCCCUACUUGACCAUCUGCCUUUCAGUUUGAGUAACCCCUACAAUGUGUUACUUUUCUUAAAAACUGCUAAGGGCAAAUACAAAAACUGAUUAUCUGGAAUUGAGGAGGAGCAGGGUGGCAGUUGGCCAGCUGCUGACCCAUGAGAUGGAGGAGUAGCUCAGACUUAGUGGAGAAAUUGGGAAAGAGAAGGGGUGCCUGUGAGCUCAAUUCCUCUCACCAGUUUGCCCUUCUAAUAUUUUCAGUGUGGAAGCCCAAGUGGCCUUUAGGUAGACAAGGUCUCCUGAGUUUCAUUCUCGUCUCAGUCUGUGUCCUGUCCAUCCCCUCCCCCUCCCCACACAUUGAGAUAGACAAACCUCCUCACAAGCCCAGCUUACCCACCAGGGAUCAGGGAGAAGGCAAGCUUCAGGCAAAACUAAAUAUAAAUGUCUGACACAGGAAAUAAUUUCCCUGAAGCACCAUCCUACUCUGUUUUCCCUUCAGUACUAAAUGCACUCACAUGUGAUACACUCAGAAUAGUGCCUGGUGUGUAGGAAUAAUAACAGAGAUUCCACGCUGAGCACCUGCUGUGUCCCAGGCCCUGUGCUAUUGCUUUCUCAUAUGUUAUCUCACCUUCCCAACCCUGCCAGAUAGAUAUUAUCCCCAUUGUAAG